AUGGACAACGACGCACCGUCAUCACGGACAGCAUCUACAGAUGGUUUGCAAGGCGGAAGUCCCCCAGCUAAACCCCCUAUCAAAGAACCCGUCAAUGGCCCACCUGCUUCUCUCGGCCCAUCGAAGGGACACGGUCAACUGCGCAACCAAUCUCCACCAUCUCCUUCACAACCUGAAACAUCGAGUUCUUCCUCCACGCCAGAGUCAUCAAACAAAGAUGCCGAUGCGCCCUCGUCUCCCAGCACGGCUACGUUGAAGGAGGAGUUCAAAGUCGCCCCGCAAGCCCCAGUCAUUGCCCAGGCCCGCAGUUGCAAUUUUGAGCAGUUCGUCAAUCGCUUCUCUCUUGCUGAAGCAGGAUACGCCAUUGAAUUUCUUGAGGCGGGAACGGAGCUGGGCAAGGAGGUCUCCAAGGAGGUCAUGCGCCGUCACCGGAUCAAAGUCGAGGGCUACCAAGACAAACUGUCGGAUGAGUACAAGAGUCGCCGCCUCAACGGUGAACUGGUUCACGGCACGUGGAUACACGCCGUCAGGAUUCAGUCCAAAGCAGUCCUGAAAGUCCUAUCCGAAGUUGGUGGCUAUGCUUGGGGCCAAGAACCCUACACCUUCAUGCGCCCUUUCGCCCAUCUCAUCCACUGCCACCCCAAGAUCAAGGCCAAGUUCAAAGAAAUUAGGGCCACCCCACCCAAGAGCGACGAGGACAAGCAAGAAAGAGAGCAGCUUCAAUGCUAUGUCUUCCUUGUUGAAGAGCGCCUCCUCCCGCCAGUACACCAGUUUGACGACGUCCAAAGCCCACAAACGAGAAGAGUCCGGUAUGACGACCUCUGGUAUCUCUUCAAAGCGGGCGACCUGGUGUAUGUUCCCUUGAGCACGCUUCGCAAACAGUGGUCCGGCGGAGACGCAGAGAUUCCGAAAAACGCAGUUCAUCAAAGAGUGUGGCGGCUCUAA